UUUUCAGAAUGAGAGUUCAAUGUAUAUUGUGUAUUCUGGUAGUUCUAGUCGGGUUGAUAGGGUCUCAGCUUUCUGUUAAUCAAGCGCUCAUUGCUGGAUUUGCAGGUUUAGCACUAGCAGCUGGUCUUGGAGCUGGAGCUGGAGGACUCCUAGGUCUACUAGCUGGAGGAGGUGGCGGACAAGAAGCACAGCCACAGUAUCAUAUUUACGGCGGAGGCUAUGGUGGAGGACAUGGCGGAGGCUAUGGUGGAGGACAUGGAGGGGGAGGUGGCGGACAUGGUCACGGAUACAGGAGGAGACAGGGGUCCCAGAAUAUGGUUCAGAAAUUUUUUAACCGAGGGAAGCGAUCCAUUGAUGUUAACUCCAGCAGUGAAAACCAACUGUUUGAGAUGAUUGCUGAGAUUGAUGAAAAGGAUUGUGGCAAACGAUAUAUUUGUGAGCUAAAGGUGGCAGAACAAAAUUUAUUCCCUGAAGAAGCAGCGCUCUUGGAGAAAAUAGAGGAGAAUGACGAAGGAGACAACGCUAAGAUAUUGUACAAGGAUGCUGCUUACUACGGAGCAUUUGUACGAUCUGAGCAAUCCUGUGCAGCGAGAUUUCGUAAGUGUAGCGUAAAGACCUCUGUCCGAACUAUGGUGGAAACGAAAAAACAACAGAUUUGAAGAAAUUAUCUUGUUUUGGAAAAAUAUCGAAACAUUGCCUCUCAACCAUUUUUUGUUUCUUAUUGUAAAUUGAAUUAUUAAAGUCUGAGAAAAUUUGCAAAUUUUUCAGGAAAAGGACAAUUGUAGCCAGUCAAAUCUAGUCAAAUCUAGUCAAAACAAUGUGCAUCACUUUAAAUUCGUACAAAUGUACUAGUUUUAAUUCAAUAAUCAGAAUUUUACACUUUAAAAUUUGUGUAUAACCAAAACCAUAUUUAUCUAUAGUUUAAAUGUAUUUAUUAAGUUUUAUUAAUUGCUAGUUAAAAAUAAAUGUGAUUUGA